CCCUAAGCAUUACUGUGGUGUUUUUGUUUCAGACCUACUCUCCCUCCAGCCAAGCAAGCCAACAGGAAUCUGAUACUGAAGGCCAUCUCUGAGGCUCAGGACUCAAUCAACAAAACUACAGCUUACCCAACAAUACCACAGAGGCAGACUGUUCCCGUAGCGCCUCGGACUCGCAAUGCCAGCACUGAUGAGAUGACUGCAGCCAUCCAGCUGGUCCAGGAGCACCUCCAGAGCCUGGCCCCCAAAGUCCAGUCCUACAACCCUGCAGCGCUGCCUCCUUCCAGAGAGCCUGCUCCAGUCAGAUCUUUAGCCUCACGCCUCCAGUUGGACCUAGUAGAGAGCAAUGACGGAGGAGAGCAGAGUGAGUAUGGUGUGGAAGUCGCUGUGGCCGGCAGUGAGACAAAGCCCUUUGAUACCCGCUCCUUCAUAGUGAGUCGACCGCAGCUGGGAGAAGCUACAGCCAAAAGUCAGCAGCGUCCUUUGGUCAAAGGGCUGCAGGGUGCUUUACCACGCAUGGUUCAAGCCAGUAAAGAGGGGGGCGACUCUGCCAGCCCUAAGUUCAUAGUGACAUUAGACGGGGUGCCGAGCCCGCUGGGAAAUAUUGCGGACUCUGAGAUGGAGCUGGAUGAUGUGAGACCGCCCACAAAGGUCACCGAGGCAACCGUCCAAGCCAACAGGCAGCCCAAAGUCAGCAUCCUUCAAAGACUCCAGGGAUAUGUCCGGUCAACAGAAGACGAUGUGAUGGACGAUGUGAUGGAUGUUGAGAUGGAGGAAGACGAUGCUGGCCCUUUAAAGAAAAAGAAGGGGGCGGAGCGCUGCAGGUUUUGGCCGGUCUGUAAAAUUGGAGAUGAGUGUGCGUACCACCAUCCAACCACACAGUGCAAGACUUUUCCCUCUUGCAAGUUUGGGGACAAAUGCCUUUUCGUGCAUCCUAAUUGUAAAUACGACGGCAGGUGUGCCAAGCCGGACUGUCCCUUCACUCAUGUCAGCAGAAGAAGCCCAGCUGCCCCCCCACCCAGGCCAGCAGUGCAGCCAGUGCAAACCGCCAGCGUGUGCCGCUUCUUCCCAGACUGCAAGAAGAUGGAAUGUCCGUUUUAUCAUCCCAAGCCUUGUCGCUUCGGGGCGCAGUGUAAACGCUCUGGAUGUACUUUCUACCACCCAACCACGUCUCUGCCUCCCAGACACGCCCUGAAGUGGACAAAGACGCAGACCAGCUAAUAAAGUCCAGAAAGCCUGACAGAAGUCUGGGGACGAUCAAUGUGAAGUUACGAGAGAUGAUCUCUAUCUGUUUCUAUAGAUUUCUUAAUUCUUUCAUUUUAAUGUAUUGUUUGGUUUGAUUUUUAAGUUGUUUUGUAAAACGAAAUGGUUUUUGUUCGUGCUCUCAGAAUAUUAAAAAACUUCACAGUGAA